AUCGGUAAGGCAGCCAUGCCAAACGCGUAAUCUUCAUCAGUAACCACGUGAGUUUUGAGAGCCAAUAGAACACUGGGGAACCAUAGAGCAGAAGGGGACGAUUUAGUGCGCUGAACUAUGGAUAGUGUUCUAUGGUACUAGCCCGUAGUGUUACCUCUGUGUACCGCCUUGACAUGAUGCAGUCAGUGUAGCAAUCAGCUUUUCUAAUGAGCUAGCGCGGAAUAUACUUGAUGGUGCGUCCACAAUACAAUACCUGGAGAAGAGUGUUUGAUAAAGAGGAGGGAUCAAUGUAUCUAGGUCCCUGAAUGUUCUCCAGUGUCCCCUGCUCGGCUGCCCGCCGCGCUCCAAUGGCGUCCAGCUGACCCCACCCCUGCAGGAUGAAGGUGCGAGAGCGUCUUCGGGAGAGCAUCUCAGCAGCCUUCUACCGGCACGGCUUGCUAUGUGCCUCCUACCCCGUGCCCAUCAUCCUCUUCACGUCCGCUAGCAUCCUCACAUGCUGUUACCCACUGCUUAAGCUGCCACUGCCUGGCACAGGGCCGGAGAAGUUCACCACCGGCUUGAGAGACUACAUCGUCCCCUCCCAUGAGCCUCAGGGUGACCUCGGGGAGCGGCCAGAGUGGUAUCGAGGGCCUCCAGUGGCCUACAUCCAGCAGGUCCUGGUGAAGGCUGCCAUCUCCCCGUGGGAUACCACCCUAGUGCCGGUGGACGUGUUCCGCUCCCCCCUGGGCCGGGUCUUCACCCUGCUGGAGGAGAUCCGGAACCAUGUGUACUCCGACAGCUCUGGUGUCCGCAGCCUGGAGGCGCUUUGUCUGCAGGUGACUGACCUGUUGCCAGGGUUACGGCGCAUGCGGGCAGUCCUGCCUGAGCACGGCUGCCUGUUGGUCUCCCCCGGCAACUACUGGCAGAACCAGCAGGAUUUAUUUGACUCGGACCCCGACCUCAUGAAGACGGUCCAGAAGCAUGAACCCAAAGGCCUCCACACCUCUGCCACUCUGAGAGACCUGCUGUUUGGCGUACCAGGAAAGCACACGGGAGUCAAUCUGGAUGGCAGGAAGCGUGCGGUCACCUACACCAUCACUAUAGUGCUUAGUCACUACGACGCCAGGUUCCUGAGCAGUCUCCGUGCACGGCUGAAGCAGCUGCACCCCUCAGUGAACUGCAGCCUGCGUGAGGACCACCUGCUGCACGUCCACUUCAAGGAGGAGAUCGGCAUCGCUGAGCUCAUCCCACUGGUCACCACCUACAUCAUCCUCUUCGCCUACAUCUACUUCUCCACCCGUAAGAUUGACAUGGUGAAAUCCAAAUGGGGUCUGGCCCUGGCUGCCGUGGUAACCGUGCUCAGCUCUCUUCUAAUGUCAGUGGGCCUCUGCACCCUCUUUGGCCUGACGCCCACCCUGAACGGAGGAGAGAUCUUUCCAUAUCUGGUGGUGGUCAUUGGGUUGGAGAAUGUGCUGGUCCUCACGAAGUCUGUGGUGUCGACCCCUGUUGAUCUGGAGGUGAAACUACGCAUUGCCCAAGGUCUGAGCAAUGAGAGCUGGUCCAUCAUGAAGAACAUGGCCACGGAGCUUGGCAUCAUUCUCAUAGGAUACUUUACCUUAGUGCCCGCCAUCCAGGAGUUCUGUUUGUUUGCUGUGGUUGGCCUGGUGUCCGAUUUCUUUCUGCAGAUGUUCUUCUUCACCACAAUCCUCUCCAUCGAUAUCCGUCGCAUGGAGCUGGCUGAUCUGAACAGGCGUCUCCCGGCCGAGGCAGGAAUGCCCCCUUCCAAACCUGGCCCUCUGCGUCCCCGUGAGACGCCCCCUCCCCCACGGCCCUCCCCCCACACCAUCACACUCCAGGCGCCGGCCUUCCGGAACCUUCGGCUGCCUAAGAGGCUGCGGGUGGUGUACUUCCUGGCUCGCACGCGCCUGGCCCAGCGUAUCAUUAUGGUAGGCACAGUCAUCUGGAUUGGUAUCCUAGUCUACACUGACCCUGCAGGACUGAGGACCUUCCUGGCUGCCCAGGUGUCUGAGCAAAGCCCUCUUGGGGAGGCUGGGCUGCCCCCCCACCUCGGGGUCGCCCCUGUCUUCCCCGGAGGGGACCCCACCAGCACUCUGAGUGUGCUCCCCGCCCCCGAGCCCACCCCAAUUCCAGAGAACCAAUCCCACGGCCACGGGAGCCACGACGGCCGCAGCCCCCAGAUCACAUGGGGCCCAGAGGACGAGGAGGGCUGGAGAAGGCUGUCCUACCGCCACUGGCCCUCUCUCUUCAGCUACUACAACAUCACCUUGGCCAAGAAGUACAUCAGCAUCCUUCCAGUCAUCCCCGUCACGCUGCAUGUCACGUCUCAGGAGGCUAUCGAGAUGCGUCACCCCCAGGACACGCGUCAUGCCCCUCCCCUGCACCCCAGGGCCCCAGACCUGCAGACCGACCUCACCCUUUACAAAGUGGCAGCUCUGGGUCUGUUUGCAGGGGUGGUUCUGGUCCUGCUGCUCUUCUGUCUGUACCGUGUGCUUUGCCCACGGAACUACGGCCAGAACGGGGUACCACAUGGGAGACGUCGCCGUGGAGACCUGCCCUGCGAUGAGUACGGGUAUUCUCCACCCAUCAGCGAAAUCUCACCACUGCUACUGAGAGGACACAGCAUGGACAUUGAGUGUCUAGCCAGUGACGGGAUGCUGCUGGCCAGCUGCUGUCUGGCAGGACAGAUCCGUGUGUGGGACGCCCAGACUGGAGACUGCCUCACAGUCAUCCCCAACCAUGGCCUGCGUCGCUGCAGCAGCAGUGGUGGUUGGGAGCAGCGUGACUGCUGGGACCCCGUAUGCGACGGUCUGUGUGGGCUGGACGGGAGAGAGGUAGGAUGUGGUGCCGAUGCGGACGGCUAUCCCCUGAGGCGACGGCUGACUCCCUCUCGCCCUGCCCUGUUUGGGGACCAGCCCGACCUGACGCCGCUCAUCGACACCAACUUCAGCGAUAUGCCCCCCUCCCAGGCGCACCCACCAGCCGGGUACGAUUUCGGGGGGCUGGUGGAGAGGGCGUACCAGGAGCACGAGCCCUCGCCCCCUCUGGCUUACACACCGGUGGGCACGCCUCCCCAGCACCAGCACCAGCACCAGCACCACCACCACUACCACCAACGGCGCCACAGCCUGGGGGACCAGCCCGUCCUUCCCCCGGAGCGCCUGGUACACGGACCCCCAGACUGGGACAGCUCCGUGUGGGCCAUGGAGCUGAGGGGCAACCUGAUUGCAGCUGGGAGGAGCAGUGGGAAACUAGAGCUGUGGGAUGCAGUGGAGGGCUCCUUGAGAUGCAGCAAUGAGGAAGGAGUUUCAGGGAUUACCGCACUGGCCUUCCUCAACAACAGGAUUGUAGCAGCCCGGUUGAAUGGAUCACUAGAUUUCUUCACCGUGGACAUUAACAAGCCUCUUGGCUUGCUUCAGUAUCGAGGCCCUCCAGGGCGUGGCAGUCUGCCUCCCUCGCCGUGUUACAGCAGUGAGGAUGUGAUCAGCUGCCAGCUCACGCGCUCCGUGCAGUGUGCCCAUCAGAAGCCCAUCACUGUGCUCAAGGCCGCCGCCGGCAGGGUGGUCACAGGGAGCCAAGACCACACAGUCAGGGUGUACCGUUUGGAGGACUCCUGCUGUCUCUUCACCCUGCAGGGCCAUUCUGGAGGCAUCACUGCCAUCUACAUAGACCAGACCAUGGUUCUGGCCAGUGGGGGGCAGGAUGGAGCCAUUUGCUUGUGGGACGUCCUGACGGGUAGCCGGGUGAGUCACGUCUAUGGUCACCGUGGCGACGUGACCUCGCUGGUGUGCACUACUUCCUGUGUGAUUAGCAGUGGGCUGGACGACCUCAUCUGCAUCUGGGACCGCAGCACUGGCAUCAAGCUCUACUCUAUUCAGCAGGAGGUGGGCUGUGGGGCCAGUCUGGGGGUGAUCUCCGAGAGCCUGCUGGUGACGGGCGGCCAGGGCUGCGUGUCCUUCUGGGACCUGAACUUUGGGGACCUGCUGCAGACCGUGUACCUGGGCCAGAGCAGCGAGGGCCAGAGCGUGCGGCAGCUGCUGGUGCUGGACAACGCUGCUAUCGUCUGUGACUUUGGCAACGAGCUCAGCCUUGUCUACGUGCCCUCAGUUCUGGAGAAGCUGGACUGAGCACGCUCAGGAGGAAGAAGAGAGGACAGAUAGAGGGACCUCUCUCAGGCUGGACGACUGCUUCAGCCUGACUGCACUGAUGACACUGUCUCUCACUCUCUUUUUUUUUUCAAAUGUCUGUCUGUCUGUCUGUCUGUCUGCCUUUCUGCCUCUGUCUCUCUCAGCUGCAGUUUGAGCUUUCACUUUUUUUUUUUUUUUUUUUAUCACAUCAGAUGUGACUAUUCUCUUCUCCCCUCCAUGGCCCCAAUCAUCCUUCUGUGCCACACAGGCAGGGGAGGGGAGACUGUGUGUAGCAUUCUUCCACUGCUGUCCCGUCUCUGUACAUAGAUGUGCAGAGGCAGAUAAAUAGUCUGCAGUCUGUCCAAGGCAGAAGGACAGACUCCAUCCUCUGCAGAGGGGCUCGCUCUAUGGAGCAUGACUGCCUUGGGUGGGGGCUCACAAUUUUUUUUUUUUUGUUGUUUCUGCUGGCCUCUAGCUUUUUUUCAAAGCAGUUUUGUAUAUUUUGUCAGUUUUUUUUUUGGUAGAGCAUGGACAUCCUCCAGCAGAAUGUGUUUCUACUCCUCAGAGGAUGGUGCGAACGCUGCUGCUGCUGGAGGUCGUGCAGUGUAGGCCAGCCAGGGGUCUCAUCAGAGUGGAGCAGCCUGCCCUUAGUGUGAUGGACCCACGGCUGGGAAUGGUUUGCAGCUGUACGCCCAUGGGCAGCAGUCACUAGCACCAGGGUGAAUGCGAUAAAGGUGUGUGUGUGUGUGCUGAUUGUGUGUGUUUGCCAGGGAUGAAUAAGAAGGUAAUGGUGUUUGGUAAAAAAUGAAAUGCGAAGACACUGUUAAUGAACAAAAUCUAAAGGUAUAUGUUUGCGUGGUGUGUGUGUGUUGGAUGUGAUGGAUUGAAAGAUACUGUAAUCAUUGUUACCUCCAGGGGGGGUUGUUAUUUCUUCUUUUUUUUAAAUGGUUAAAUCUAUUAUUUAUUAGUGAUGGAUUUAUAAACAAUUUUAACACAAUUUGUAUGAAACUGCUAAACUUGACCCUUGCCUCUUGCAUAAUAAUUGACGAGGUCAGAAGUGUUAAUGUAAAAAAUCUAAUCCUUUAAUUGAUGAACGUAAACGUUUAAUAAUAUGACAAUGCAUAUAAAAUGAAUAUCAACAGGAGCUGAGAGUUUAGAUUACAGGUGAGUCAGGGUCUUUAUCGUCGGUGGGUGGGUUACUUCUCGAACCAUGUAGUUGUUCUCCUGGGAACCACGACCAGGCCCAGAGUCUUGAUUCAGGAGGAUAUUUGUGCUGUUGACGUUCAUCAUCAUAAUAUGUUUGUGUCGGUCACGAUAAAGCUGAUCUCUAUAUCAUGAUAGUGCUUACUUCUGUGCUUUGGUUGGUAUAAAAGGUGUGGAGGCCUACCUAAACACUGGCUAUCCAGCUAAAGGUGUGGAGGCCUACCUAAACACUGGCUAUCCAGCUAAAUCUUUAGACAGUGAUUGUAGCUGUAUUCAGGAUUGGCCAUUUUAUUUUUUUCCAUGUUUGUAGAAAGACUGGUCUUGAUUUGCUUGCCAACAAUGUUUUUAAUGGCUGAUUGGAAGGACAGGCCAGUCCAGUUCAACAGAGAUUACAGAGAUCAACUGUAGCAGUUGUAGUUCCAGGGGAAUUGGUCUAUCAUGAAACCAUAGACAGGGACCAGAUGAGAGUUACUGUAUUUAGUGUUUUUAGGUAAGCAACAGCAUGCUUGAGGUUUCUGAGAUGAGUGGACCAGGUGAAGCAUAAGCCUUUUUAUUCUUGUGUCUCGAGUGAAGUCCACGUGAGCCGACUGGUUCCUAGGAGGAUGUUUUCUAGACGUUAAAGCAGACCCACCUGCUGAGGCCUAACCGCAGAAGGAGAAUGUACAACUGCAGUCAAUUCUGCAGUCACAUAAACCCACAUCCACGUAUACACACUACCCAUACAAAAGUCUCAUUUAACAUGCACACUCAAAACACUAACACAUUCAUUAACAUUUGCACAUUCAAUCCAGAUAUGUAAGCGGAGACGUUAAUACACUAAUACAAAAUCACACAUAUUCUCAAAUGCCAUUUGUCCACAUUUCUUCUGGUCCUCAAAGGAUCACAAAAGUAGUUAUUUAAAGCACCUUUUAAAGCUAUUUGAAUGGUAUCCAUGGUUGUUUGGAUGCUAAGUUGUGCAGAACAGCUUAGUGGACGGAUGCAAGGUUUACUUAUUUGGAUUUGAUUGGUUUGGAAAGCAAGAACACCCAUA